AUGUCUGGCGCAAAGUCCCGGCUGCAGAGCAUCUCUGCGCAAUUGUUCCCCCAGGGGGACGCAGCUUCGCAGGCUCGCAAUACCAAUACCAACCGACACACCCUGUCACCAACAUUCUUCCUGCCUCGCGCGGCCGCUAUCGAGCCAGAUGCCGAAGCCAUCUACCACCUUGCUACGAAUAACAAGAUCGUGAGGAAGACGUACCAGGAGUUCGCAGACCGGGCAAGGGGGCUGGCAUACUAUGUCAAGAAAUAUGGCCUUAAACGGGUGGGAAUACUGAGUCCUAACACGCCUGCGUUCCUGGAGUCGAUAUUCGGAAUCGCUGCCGCCAGCUCAGUCAAUGUUGCCGUCAACUAUCGUCUGAAACCCGAAGAUAUUGCAUACAUCUUCACCCAUGCCGAGGCUGAUUCGAUCAUCGUCGACAAAGAGUUUGUACCCUUGCUGGACGAGUACCGGAAGCUCAAUCCACACGUCCCGCUGAUUGUCGACACCGACACCGACGCAGACGAUGGAGACUUUGACGCUGCUGUGCUUGAAGGCCUGAAAUAUGAUGAGGAACAGGGGAACACGGGGUGGGAGGGUCUGGAGGCCCAAGCUGCGGACGAGGAAUCCCUAAUGGCGCUUGCGUAUACGAGUGGCACGACUGCCAGGCCGAAGGGUGUCGAGUAUAUUCACCGGGGUUGCUAUCUCGCUGCUUUGGCGAAUAUCAUCGAGUCGGGAUUGAACUUUCAGCAGGGCCGAUGUGGCUAUCUAUGGAUUCUCCCGAUGUUUCAUGCAAUGGGAUGGACGUUCCCAUGGUCUGUUACUGCAGUUCGAGGCACCCACUACUGUCUACGGAAGAUCGACUACCCUGAAAUUUGGCGCAUGUUGAAGCAGGAGAACAUUACUCAUUUCAACGCCGCACCUACCGUAAACACCCUUCUCUGCGCCGCAAAGGAGGCCGAGAGACUUCCGGCACCUGUCAGAGUCACGGUUGCCGCCAGUCCGCCUACGGCGCAUCUCUUUGAGCAGAUGACCAGCGUCAACCUGCACCCGGUCCAUGUAUACGGGCUCACGGAAACAUAUGGCCCAAUUACAAAGGGAUACUAUAUGCCUGCAUGGGAUACGAUACCCGUCAAGGAGAAGUACCAAAAGAUGGCUAGACAGGGCCACGGGUUUUUGACAAGUUUGCCUGCCCGUGUAAUCAAGACGGACAUCCCCGAAAGCACCAUCGUUGAAGUCAGCAGAGACGGCAAGGAGAUUGGUGAGAUCGUGUUUACCGGCAAUAUCUGUGCUCGAGGCUACUACAAGGACCCAGAAGCUACGGACAAGCUCUUUGCUGGCGGCGUCUUGCACUCGGGGGACCUGGCUGUAUGGCACCCAGACGGCGCAGUCCAAAUCCUAGACCGUGCCAAGGACAUUAUUAUCAGCGGAGGAGAGAAUAUAUCGUCGGUCGCCCUCGAAGCUAUGUUGGCCACUCACCCAGAUAUCCUCGAAGCCGGCGUCGUUGCCGUUCCUGACUCGCACUGGGGCGAACGACCAAAGGCAUAUGUUACGAUCCAAGCUGGGAAGCAAGUGACCGGCCCAGAGAUCAUAUCAUGGGCCAAACAUUCCAGCGGAAUCAGUCGAUUCAUGGUCCCGAGAGAGGUCGAGGUGGUCUCGGAGCUCCCCAAAACCAGCACAGGGAAGAUAAAGAAGAAUGUGCUGCGAGAAUGGGCAAAGGGAGGUGAUCGCUCACAGUAA